GAAGGAAAUCUCGCGAGGUGUCGCGGUUCCUGCGGGAGCGGGCCGGCUGCGGGAUGGCGGCGCAGCGCUGGGCGUGCUGGUUUUCAAAAUCUUGCUAAUGCGAUGGCAUAAACUAGUAAAAAGUCAUUUGGAUUACCUCACGGAUGUCAGCAAUGGUGUUUGAUAUUGUUAGAGUGGUGCAGUGGGAGUCUGCUGUAUGAAACAUCAGAAGUUUGUAUUUCUUCUAGUUUUGCAAUGGUUUCCCAAUGAGUGGAUCAUGAUGAACAUACUUUAGGGACUUGCCAUAGUAUGGCUGCUUCUCGAUCUACUCGUGUUACAAGAUCAACAGUGGGUUUAAAUGGUUUGGAUGAAAACUUUUGUGGUCGAACAUUAAGAAAUCGUAGUAUUGCUCAUCCAGAGGAAGUUUCACCCCAUCCUCAAGUACGAUCGAGGUCACCAAAGAAGAGGCCAGAGUCUGUGCAAACUCAGAAGGGAAGUAACGGUGGAAGAACUACUGAUUUGAAACAACAGAGUGCUCGGGAAUCAUGGGUGAGCCCUAGAAAGAGAGGGCUUUCUACUUCAGAAAAAGAUAAUGUUGAUAAACAAACUGUGGAAAAUUGUGAGAAAAGACAAGGAGAACCUGUAUCACCAGUAUUGAAAAGAAUUAAGCGCUGUCUACGUUCAGAGGCACCCAACAGUUCAGAAGAAGACUUGCCUACUAAAACAGAGAAGGAAUCAUUGGAGCGUAAAAGUUUAGUGUCGGACAAUGAUGCACUCUCUCCUGGGACUAAGCGAGCUUGUCGAUGUCUUAUAUUGGAUGAUUGUGACAAAAGGGAAGUUAAAAAGGUGAAUGUGUGUGCAGAAGGAUUUAAUAAUUCUGCAGUAGUUGAAGAAAUCGCAGGCUACCAGACUGUCAAUGGAGUUGGCGAGAGAGACUCAAAUUCUUUAAACUGUGAUGACUGUCAGUUUGAUGGGAACGCUAAGCAAAACAAUGCUGGCUCCUGUACGCCCAAGGAUAAAACAGUAGCAGAAAAUGGAAACUCAUUUGCCCAUUCUUCAUUGUUGCUCAAUAGCAGCAAGGAGGACAGUGUUGUAGACCAUUAUGUGCCUUGCACAAACUCUCAAGAACAGGUAAAGUUAGAGGACCAUAAAAUAAUAAAUGACUGCUUGCCUGAGGAGCAUGCUAAUCAGGCAGAUGAGCCAGCUACGGGGUCCUUUUCUGAAAUCCAGUCAUCUUUGUUGAGGGAUUCUGAGGAGGAAGUAGAGUAGGAGAGCAGUGCCUCUAAGGAACAGUGUGCUGAAAACACCAAUAGCAACCCGAAUACUCAUCAUGACAGUACAUCAAUCUCAGGUGAACCUGAACCACAUUCUUCAGUGCUGGACUGUGUUUCAGCUCAAAUGACAUCUAUUUCAGAACUUCAAGAACACAGAUAUACAUUGAGAACUUCACCACGAAGGGCUGCCCCUGCCAGAAGUAGCCCUACUAAAAAUAACUCUCCUUGUAGAGAAAACGGACAGGUUGAGGAAAAUAAUCUUAGUCCCACUGAAAAGAAUGUACCUGUAGGUAUUAAUAAUAUCAAUGGAUCUCCCAAAAACUCUGAAGAAAUUAAACAGAAUGAAAAAGAGAGGAUUUGUAAUACAGACCAUGGGAGUGAUGGACUAAGAAAGCCACUUUCUGAGGCUAGGCUUGUUGCUGGAUAUGUACCAUCUGCCAAAGAGAGUGCCAACAACCACACUGCAGAGGACGAUGAGGAAGAGCCUGAUGUGUAUUACUUUGAAUCAGAUCAUGUGGCAUUGAAACACAACAAAGAUUAUCAGAGACUGUUACAGACGAUUGCUGUACUCGAGGCUCAACGUACUCAAGCAGUUCAAGACCUUGAAAGUUUAGGCAGACACCAGAGAGAAGCACUGAAAGAUCCUAUUGGAUUUGUGGAAAGACUCCAGAAGAAGGUCGAUAUGGGUCUUCCAUAUCCUCAGAGAGUUGUUCAGCUCCCUGAGAUUGCCUGGGACCAAUAUACCACUAGCCUUGGAAACUUUGAGAGAGAAUUCAAAAACCGAAAACGUAACAGUAGGAGAGCAAAGCUGAUUUUUGACAAAGGUAUACCUGCAAGACCAAAAAGUCCUUUGGAUCCCAAGAAGGAUGGAGAGUCUAUUUCAUACUCUGUCUUGCCUUUAAGUGAUGGUCCAGAAGGUUCUACAAGCAGUCGUCCACAGAUGAUAAGAGGACGACUUUGUGAUGAGACCAAACCUGAAACUUUUAACCAGCUGUGGACUGUAGAGGAACAGAAAAAACUCGAGCAGUUGCUUCUGAAGUAUCCACCAGAGGAAGUAGAGUCCCGAAGGUGGCAGAAGAUAGCUGAUGAACUGGGAAAUAGAACAGCAAAGCAGGUUGCCAGUAGAGUACAAAAAUAUUUUAUUAAACUGACUAAAGCUGGUAUUCCAGUUCCGGGAAGAACUCCAAAUUUAUAUUUAUAUUCCAAAAAGUCAUCAAGUAGACGGCAGCACCCUUUAAAUAAACAUCUUUUCAAACCUUCAACUUUCAUGACAUCUCAUGAACCCCCAGUUUAUAUGGAUGAAGAUGAUGACAGAUCCAGUUUUCACAGUCAUAUGGAUACUGCAGCAGAAGAGGAAGUAUCGGAUGAAGAGAGUAUUCCAAUAAUGUAUCGUGAUUUACCUGAAUAUAAAGAACUGUUAGAGUUUAAAAAAUUAAAGAAACAAAAACUACAGCAGAUGCAUGCAGAAAGUGGAUUUGUACAGCAUGUGGGAUUCAAGUGUGAUAACUGCGGGAUUGAACCUAUUCAGGGUGUUCGGUGGCACUGCCAAGACUGCCCUCAAGAAAUGUCCUUGGAUUUCUGUGACUCCUGUUCUGACUGUCUGCAUGAAACAGAGAUUCAUAAGGAGGAUCAUCAGUUAGAACCUAUUUACAGAGCAGAGACAUUUUUAGACAGAGACUACUGCAUGUCCCAGGGCACCAGUUACAAUUACCUUGACCCAAACUACUUUCCAGCAAAUAGAUGACAUGGGAAGCAGAUCUACAAUCUUGGGCUUACUAUCCUAUUUGAAAAAUAACAAUGGCACCAUUGUUAAUUCUGUGCACAUUUUGGAAAGACUCUCUGCUUUCCCUGAAAUGUCGCUCACAGCAUGACAGCUUCCUGGGUGUACUUGUCAAACUACAGCUUUGAGCUGUCAUGGUUCUAGAUCACUGAACAGCAGCUGAACAUUCCUAGUGUGCAGAAGGUUUCACUGGGAGACUUUUUUCACCACGAGUCAUUUUUAGGUGGUGAAUCUAAACACAAAAGAAAAACAUACAAAAGGGUGAGCCAGAAAUGAGAGCACACAUUAAAGAAAGAGUAAAUUCCAAAGGCUUUGAAGAACUUGGUUAUAAUGAGAUCCAGAGGAGAUGAAGUAUUUAUAUAAAAACAGUUUAGUAGCUUGCAGUUUUGUUGUGAAAUAGUUUUCAGCACAGUAACUGACUUCUUUAGGCAAGGUUUUAACCAAUGACAGUGUUUGCUUCUAGGAUGUACUCUUAAAAAAUACUCACUGUCUCAGCAAUGGUUGGUUACAGGCCUUUAUUAAAUUGGAGCUGCUUAAUCACAUUGACUUUCAAUUUUUUUAAUUUUUUUUUAAUUUUUUUUUAAAACCACAAUGAACUCUAUUUACCAACAGUGAAGCACUACAGGGGGCAACUGUGGCAUUGCUUCCUUAACCAGCUCAUGGUGUGUGAAUGUUAUAAAAUUGUCACUCAGAUAUAUUUUUUAAAUGUAAUGUUAUAUAAGAUGAUCAUGUGAUGUGUACAAAAUAUGGUGAAAAGUGCCAGUGGUAGUAACUGUGUAAAGUCUCUAAUACUCAACAUUAACUCCUUUAAAAUAAAAUACACAGCCUUCUGCCUCUGUAUUUGGAGUUGUUAGUGCAACUCAUCAAAGAAAACUGCCUAAUAUAAAUCAUAUAUAUGGUAAUAAUUUUUCCUCUUUUGUAGUCUGCACAAGAUCCAUGAAAGAUUGUAUUUUUAUUACUAUUUAAACAGUGAUUAAAAUUAGCCUGAGCAGUGAGCAAGGGUUCACAUGCAUUCUUUUAUACUGCUGGAUUUUGUUGUGCAUCAUUUAAAACAUUUUGUAUGUUUCUUCUUAUCUGUGUAUACAGUAUGUUCUUAAAUAAUGUUCAAUUGUCAGGAGAACUGUGAGAAAUAAACUAUGUGGAUACAGUCUGUUUA